CCUACGGGUAUUGACCGCCGAGUGAGAGGGCCUCGACCGGACUUCUCCCGCGCUAAGAUCAGGUUGUCCUGAGAAAAAUAACAUGAGAACCUUUUAAACCCAUAAUAAAAUUGUGAUUAGUUUUUCCAGGAGCUGUAUCACCCCGAAGGGCUGAAUGGUAACACAAGCUCUGAAAGCGGGCCCAACCCCAUGAUUGAAGGCGUUUCCCACACUCUCAAGAUUGGACGGCGCAAAAGGCUUAUAAUAUGACAGGCCACCAAAGAGAACUGAAUUGUGACUGUAAGUGGAAACCCAACGUGGGAGCUUGGAAGUGCGCAUAUACGAGUACAAACGGGGCAGACACUGUAACAGGACCACUCGGUAACAAGGACACUCUGUAUUAUCACGCCCCAAAGGGUAAAGAGGGAUGGGAUGGUCCUUUUCCAAAUGGGACGUGGGCCCUAAAGGGACAUUAUUGGGUGUGUGGCAAACAUGCUUACAAGAGGCUAUCCGGAAACUGGUCGGGAAUAUGCUAUGUGGGGUACAUAAGACCCUUGUUCUUUUUAUUGUCACAAACACAAGGAAAUCAUUUAGGAAUAAGAUUAUAUGAUGACCUGAACAGAAUGAAACGAUCUAUUGAUACUUCCUUAGCCGGGGGUAGUGCCCAAAAAUGGGGAAAGGAUGAAUGGCCUCCUGAAAGAAUCAUACAGCAUUAUGGGCCAGCUACCUGGAACCCGAAUGAGUUGGUAUCAGGAGCCCGAGAACCUAUUUAUAAUUUGAACGGAAUAAUUAGGUUGCAAGCUAUCCUCGAAACUGUAACCAAUCAAACAGCGACGGCCUUGGAUCUUCUGGCUGAUCAAUCCACUCAGAUGAGGAAUGCUAUCUUUCAACAUAGAAUGGUCUUAGACUAUUUACUAGCAGAAGAAGGGAGAGUGUGUGGAAAACUGAACGAUUCUAAUUGUUGUUUACAGAUUGAUGAUAAUGGAAAAGUGGUUAAACAGAUAACAAAGGAAAUUAGAAAGCUAGCCCACGUCCCAGUACAAACUCAGAAGGGUAUGGAUUGGGAUUUCUUUUCGUGGUUGCCCGGUGGACCAUGGGUUAAAAGGAUGCUAUUUUUAUUUUUAUGUGGUGUAAUGACGUUAUUGUUUAUACCUUGUAUGACACCUUGCUUUACGUUGUUGAUACGGCAAAUAAUAAAUAGCACCCAAUUUGUGAUGACUUUGGUAGAGAAAAAAGGUGAUGUGUCAAUAAUGAUGCUUAAGAAAUGGACUCCCCGAGAACUGACUGAUGAAAUCCAAUUGUUACUAACAAAGGUUGAAGAAGAGACACGAAUUGAUGAUAUUAAAAAGAAGGUGAGGGAUUGUAAGGAAUGGUCCAGCAAUUCGUGCUACUAAGGGAUUUGAAGGGUUAACAUUGAGGCCUGGGUUUAGGUGAUAAGAGAACAAAGGGAUUUUUUAGAGAAAAACUGCUGACUGCUGCACAGGAUGUGCAGUAGUUUCUGACAUCUGGCCCAGAGGCCACCAAAUAAGGAGGAAGGGGGAGCUGAAGGACGAUUGAAGGGCAAAAUCUGGGAGGAAGACCAUGAGCCUUCAGCACGAACGACCCCCGAGAGACCACCAGAGACUGAUACACAGGCGCCCCUGGGAGGGCUUCGGAUUCGGGAAACCAAUUAUAAUAACCCUGCUUCUUCUAGAAGUAGUAAUGAAUAUGUAUUAACCUAGGAGCAUAAAAAUCAGCCGCCUUACGUAACGGGUGUGCGUCUUGGUGGAGCAGAGACUCCCGGCGCACCCAGCGCUGUUUGCUUGCCUCUAUUCAUUUAAUAAAUUGUAAACUUUGAUUGCAGUCCUAUUUGGGACUCAGUCAUUUAUAACAG